GUUCAGCACGGGAGGUUUCACUUCAAUCUCAGGGCCGUGGGUGGAGAGCCAUGCUUUGGCCUGCUUCUGUUCCUGGGCUUUUAAUUGUAUUAUUAUUACUCUCUGGAUUGAGCUGGGAAUCAAACCGCUAUGAAAAAGAGAGGCAGAAAAGAGACAUCUAUAAUGAACAGCCUCGUUUGUCCUCGGAGCAGGGUAACUUAGUUUUCCAUACUGGCUCCAGCAAAAAUAUUGAAUUUAGAACUGGACCACUGGGGAAAAUAAAAAUUAAUGAAGAAGACCUUGCAGAGCUUUUUAGUCAGGUGAGACAAAAUACUGUUGAUAUUCAAGAACUUAAAAAAGGCAUUGAUGCCUCUCAGAACGUGUCACAUCAGGUUGCUUUGCUGAAUUCCAAGGUUGUGGAUCUUGACAUCAAACUUCAAAGCUUAGAGCAGACUAUCCGAAGGAAAGCGUGCAGUAGCAACCCCUGUCAGAACUCAGGGACCUGCAUGAACUUGCUGGAUGAUUUCUUUUGCCUCUGUCCCAGCAACUGGCAGGGCCUGCUCUGUUCAGUGGAUGUUGAUGAAUGCCAGAUUUAUGCUGGAACAGCAUUAGGCUGCCAGAAUGGAGCUACAUGUGUGAACACACCAGGCAGCUAUAGCUGCUCCUGUACUCCAGAAACCUACGGGCCUCACUGUGCCUUGAAAUUCGAUGACUGCCAGGGAGGAUCUGAGACUCUCUGUGAGCACGGCAUCUGCGUAGAUGCAGAGAGGGAUCAGGCUAACACGCCCAAGUACCACUGCAUCUGUGACGUGGGCUGGAUGUCGCCUCCAGGCAGCCCUGCCUGCAGCGCCGACUUGGAUGAAUGCAGCCUCCCGAACCGCCCGUGCUCGCAGAAUCCGCCUGUGCAGUGCCACAACACGCUUGGCUCCUACAUGUGUGGGCCCUGCCCCGCAGGCUGGCAAGGAAACGGCUACAGUUGCCAAGACAUUGAUGAGUGUGAAAGUAAUAAUGGAGGCUGCUCAACAGCACCAAUGGUUCAGUGUAUCAACACAAUGGGAUCCUUUCACUGUGGGCUCUGUCCACCAGGUUAUGAGGGAGAUGGACAAACAUGUACCCAGGUUGAUAUCUGCUCAAUGAGUAAUGGAGGGUGCCAUCCUUUGGCAACUUGUACCUCUGGUCCAGGGGCAAUGCCAUUUUGUUCCUGCACGUCUGGGUACACGGGGAGUGGAUAUGGGCCAAACGGGUGCUCCCCUCUCAGUGAUAUCUGUCAGCUGCAAAACCCUUGCACAAAUGGACAGUGUUUGGCAACGAUCUCCGGAUAUUUCUGUGUGUGCAAUGGGGGCUGGACGGGCACUAACUGCACGGAGAGUAUCGACGAGUGCGCUAGCAACCCGUGCCAGAAUGGGGGCAGCUGCACCGAUGGGGUCGGCGGGUACUCGUGCGAGUGCACCAGUGCCUGGACGGGGCCGCAGUGCCAGCAUGCCCAACAUGUUUGUGGAGGAUACCUCUCGGGCUCCAGAGGGACCUUCAGUUACCCCAACAACCCAAGCAGCCAGCGGUAUGAUAAUGGAGUCAGCUGUGCUUGGGUUAUUCAAACUGAUCCUAACAAGAUUCUGCAUAUUAGUUUCCUGUUCUUCCAACUGGAGGCAAGUAAUGACUGCAGCUCCGACUUCCUUCAAAUUCAUGAUGGGUCGUCAGCAUCAGCACACAUGCUGGGGAAAUACUGUGGCUCCUCGCCUCCUGCAGAGCUUUCCAGUUCCCACCACUCCCUGUAUUUUUGGUUCUAUUCAGACCACACCAUUACAGCUGGAGGUUUCACCAUUCAGUGGGAAUCUCGGGAUCCUGAAUGUGGUGGUGAACUGACAGAUACUUAUGGCUCCAUAAGCUCUCCAGGAUACCCGGGUAACUAUCCUAUUAACAGAGACUGUCUCUGGACCAUCUCAACCAGUCCCGGCCUCCUCAUCACAUUUGCUUUUGGCACACUAAGCCUAGAACACCAUGAAAAUUGCAGCUAUGACCAUCUAGAGAUUCGAGAUGGUCUCCUUCCACAAGACCCAGUCCUCGGUAAAUACUGUAGCACUGGCUCUCCACCCCCACUCCAAACCACUGGCCCGUACGCAUGGAUUCACUUUCACUCUGAUGACGCAGUUACUGAUAAAGGCUUCCAUAUUGUCUAUACGACAUCACCUGCAGAUACAAAUUGCGGAGGAAAUUACACAGAUAGCGAAGGGGUUAUCAUGUCCCCUUUCUGGCCUAAUCCUUAUAUUAACAACCGACAAUGUAUCUACAUUAUCAGACAACCAGAGGAUGAAAAAAUAUACCUCAACUUCACCCACAUGGAGCUGGAGAAUCACACUGGUUGUUCAUCGAAUUACAUUGAGGUCCGAGAUGGUGACAGUGAGAUGUCUCCUCUUAUUAAUAAAUUCUGUCAUAGUACAAUUCUAUCUCCAAUCACUUCUACUAGCAACAGUCUCUGGAUCAAGUUCAAGUCUGAUGCUUCUGUGCAAAGGGCUAGCUUCAGAGCUGUUUAUCAAGUUGCCUGUGGAGGCUCCCUGUCUGGAGCAGGUACCAUUCAUUCACCUUACUACCCCAGGACAUCCUCUCACCUGAAGACCUGUGAGUGGAUCAUCUCCCAGUCAGAUGGCAAAGUGGUGAUUCUUAACUUCAUCGACUUUGACAUUCGAAAUACAACCACCUGUGACUCGGACUAUGUUGAGGUCAGAGAUGGCAACAACACAGACUCUACUCUUCUGGAGAAAUACUGCGGUACAGUCGUACCAUCUCGAGUGCAGUCUACACGGAGCUAUCUCUAUGUCAAAUUCAGAGCUUCCUCCCUUACAAACCUUGGCUUCAGAGCUGAGUACUGGCCAUUAGAUACCGUGUGUGGAGAGGCUCUCACUGGACCAGAAGGAACUAUUACAAGCCCUGGUCAUCCAGCUGUCUACCCACAUGGUAUUAACUGUACCUGGACUAUCAACAUUCAGCCUGGCUACCUUAUCCGCCUGACGUUCACUUCAUUUAACCUGGAAUUUGAUUAUAGUUGCAGAAAGGAUUAUCUUGAAAUAUAUGACAACAGCACUGUGCAAAAAUUGGGAAGGUACUGUGGAAGAUCAAUUCCACCAUCGCUCACUAGUGGUAGCAACAUCAUGACGCUGUACUUUGUGACUGAUCACAGCGUUGCCUCUGAGGGCUUCUCAGCUAAUUAUAUCUCCCUGGAUGCAUCAAAAGUGUGCUCACACCAAUACAGUAGUGAAACCGGCACGCUAACAUCUCCAAACUAUCCAAAUAACUACCCUGUCCGGACAGAGUGCAUAUACAGCAUCACAGUGGGAAUAAACAAACAAAUUGUGCUGAACUUCACUGACUUCACCUUGGAGGGGAACAAACGCUGUACAGAAGAUUAUGUAGAAAUCAGAGAUGGAGGUUACGAAACUUCCCCUCUUCUUGAAAAAUACUGUGGUACAGAUCUGCCUCCCAUUAUAAUCUCUCAUGGUAACAAGCUGUGGAUAAAGUUUGUAAGUGAUGUGUUUGGCACAAGAAGGGGAUUUUCAGCACACUGGGAUGGUACAUCAGCAGGUUGUGGUGGGACUUUGACAGCAACAUCUGGCAUCUUCAUGUCUCCCAACUACCCUAUGCCAUAUUACCACAACUCAGAGUGCUACUGGUUGCUGAGGGGGAACCGAGGGACCCCAUUCGAAAUCCAGUUUGAACAGUUCCAUCUAGAGGAUCACCCAAAGUGCAACUUCGAUUACCUUGCAGUAUUUGAUGGUAACAGCAGCAAUGCCAGGCAGCUAGGUAAAUUCUGUGGGAGUCAGAUACCACAACUCAUCCGCUCCAGUGGAGACAGCGUGUAUGUGAAACUAAGGACAGACAGCAGUUUGCGAGGUGGAGGGUUUUUUGCUGAAUACAAACAGGUUUGCCAUGAAGUACUGACUGUUAAUCGUAGCCAUGGCAUCUUGGAAAGUUUAAAUUAUCCAAAUAAUUACCCGUUAAAUGAACGUUGCAACUGGACCAUCCAAACUACAAAGGGGAACACACUCAAUUAUAGCUUCACAGCCUUUGAUUUAGAAAGUGCAUCUGACUGUAACCUUGACUACCUGAAGCUCUAUGAUGGGCCUGAUGCACAGUCCAACCUGAUAGGCACCUUCUGUGGACAGUCUCUUCCCCCGGCAGGGAACACCACAGGAACCAGCCUCCAUGUGGUGUUGUACUCUGAUGGACUGAACGCAAGAAGUGGGUUCCAGAUGCUGUGGCAUAUUAAUGGUUGUGGAGGAGAACUCUCUGGCCCUUCUGGAUCAUUUCACAGCCCUGGCUACCCCAACAGCUACCCAAGCAAUAGGGAAUGCAUCUGGUACAUUCGCACAGCACCCAGUAGCAGCAUUCAACUCACCAUCCAGGAAUUUGACAUUGAGUAUCACCCAAACUGCAACUACGAUGUUUUGGAGGUCUAUGGUGGACCUGAUUUUCUCUCUCCUAGACUAGCCCAGCUGUGUAUUUCAAGAUCAGCACAGAACCCACUGCGAGUCUCCACCACAGGCAAUACAAUUGUUGUCCGUUUCAAGACAGAUGCAGCAGUGACUGGGAAAGGUUUCAAUGCCUCCUGGCAUGAAAAACCGGGUGGCUGUGGUGGUAUUUUCCAAGCUACCAGUGGUGAAAUCCAUUCUCCAAACUAUCCUGAGCCUUAUAAUAACAACACAGAUUGUUCUUGGGUUAUCCAAGUUGACUACAGUCACAGAGUCCUACUGAACUUCACGGAUUUUGACACUGAAGACCACAACUCGUGUAACUAUGACAGUGUUGCAGUAUAUGAUGGCCCCAGCAGUGAAGCACCACUUCUUGGAAAAUAUUGCGGGACACAGCAUCCUCCUCCGAUCACAACCUCCAGGAAUGUAAUGUAUGUCCGACUGCGCUCCGAUACAACCAUCCAGCACAGAGGUUUCAGUGCUCGCUUUACUGAAGCAUGCGGAAGUUUUAUCGAGUCAGAUUCAGUUGGGGCAGCAAUUUCCUCUCCUCUGUAUCCUGCCAAAUACCCAAACAAUCAGAACUGCAGCUGGAUUAUUGAGGCUCAGGAACCAUUUAACCACGUUACACUCUCAUUCACUGACUUUGAUAUUGAAAACAACAGGCAAAACUGUACGACGGAUUUUGUAGAGAUUUUGGAUGGGAAUAACUACGAGGCUCCUCUUCGAGGCCGUUACUGUGGCACUACUAUGCCACAUCCUAUCACUUCUUUUGGUAAUGCCUUGGUGGUGAACUUCUUCUCCGACAACAACAUUAACGCCAAGGGCUUCCAUGCCACCUAUGCUGCGUCAUCAUCAUCCUGUGGGGGUACUUUCCACAUGGAGAGAGGAGCUUUCAGCAGCCCUGACUAUCCCCAGCCGUACCCUCUCGACACCGAGUGCGUCUGGAAGAUUCUCAGCUCCCCUGGCAACCGGCUCCAGCUGUCCUUCAUAGCAUUUCAGGUGGAACAGAGCAAUGGCUGCACCAAGGACUACCUGGAGAUUCGGGAAGGCAACGAAACAGGAGUGCUGGCAGGACGAUUCUGUGGUGACUCCUUGCCCUUAAAUUAUACAUCUACUGUUGGACAUGUCCUGUGGGUUAAAUUUGUCUCAGACAGCUCAGGCACUGGUGGUGGCUUCAUGGUCACAUUCUCUCACUUGUAUGGAAAUGACAUUGUGGGAAAUAGAGGACAAAUAGCUUCACCACAGUGGCCCAGAAGUUACCCUCACAAUUCCAAUUACCAGUGGCGGAUAAGUGUAAAUGCUUCACAAGUUAUUCAUGGUCGUAUCCUGCAGAUGGAUAUCGAAAAUCAUGACAGAUGCCAUUAUGACAAGUUAAAGAUUUACGACGGGCCCAGCAUCCACUCUCGUCCCAUUGCAGCGUACUGCGGCACAGCCCCUGCUUCCUUCGCGGCCUCUGGCAGCUCCCUGACCGUCCAGUUCCAGUCAGACUCAUCUGUGAGCGGAAAGGGCUUUCUUUUGGAGUGGCAUGCGGUGGACAGUUCUCCUGCUACGCGCACCGUUGCUAGAGGUGCAUGCGGAGGGACUGUGACAACUGAGGAAACACCUUCAUUCCUCUUCUCACCGGGCUGGCCCAUGAAUUACAGAAAUUUUGCUGACUGUGUAUGGCUUAUCAGAGCUCCUGGAUCCACUGUAGAGUUCAAUAUCCUGGCCUUAGACAUCGAAUCCCACAGCUCAUGCAACUAUGACCAACUUACUAUUCGAGAUGGAGACACUAGUCUUUCUCCAGUGUUGGCUACUCUAUGUGGACGAGAACCUCCUGGGCCAAUAAGAUCAACUGGAGAGACGAUGUUCAUCCACUUCAUGUCAGAUUCAAGUGUCACUGGAGCUGGGUUUAAUGCCUCCUAUCACAAAAGCUGUGGAGGCUAUCUGCAUACAGGCAGGGGUGUGAUCACAUCCCCCAACUACCCUCAAGACUAUGCUCCUAAUCUGAAUUGUUCCUGGCACGUACUGGUAACCUCUGGAUUUAUCAUUGCUGUCCAUUUUGAACAGCCUUUCCAGGUGAAGACAGAGGAUGCUUCCUGCAACCAUGGGGAUUACGUAGAGCUGAAGAAUGGAUUAGAUGCUGCUGCCCCACCUUUGGGGAAUGGAUGGUUUUGUGGAAGCAGCCCCAUCUCUACCAUGUACACCACAGACAAUCAGCUGUUUGUCCACUUCAUUUCUGACAGCAGCAGUGAGGGUCAAGGAUUCAAACUGAAAUAUGAGGCUAAGAGUCUAGCUUGUGGAGGGAAUAUUUAUAUCAAUGUUUUCAACCCCAGUGGAUAUACAUCUUCCCCCAACUAUCCAAGCAAUUAUCCCCCGCGUGUUGACUGUGUCUGGACCAUAACUGCUCCUAAUGGCCAUGCGGUAGAGCUGCAAUUUGAAGAUCAGUUUUACAUUGAACCUUCACCGAACUGUACAUUCAGUUACCUAGAGCUACGCAAUGGUGCCGACUCCAGCGCCCCUGUCCUUGCCAAGCUGUGUGGAGGUUCGAUGCCAGGCUCACAGAGAUCCUCAGGACCUGUCAUGUAUAUGAGGUUCAGGUCGGACAGCAGCGCGACACAUGUGGGAUUCAAUGCUAAAUACUCCAUCGCUCCCUGUGGUGGGACAGUGAUGGGACAAACUGGCACCAUUGAAAGUGUGGGGUAUCCUGACCUUCAUUAUGAAGAUAACCUGCUGUGUGAAUGGUUUCUGCAAGGACCCAGGGGCCACUAUCUUACCAUCAGAGUAGAAAGCCUAGAUAUUCAAAACUCCUCUGAGUGUGCAAGCGAUUUUGUGGAGAUCCGAGAAUACAACGCCUCUGGAAAUUUAUUGGGUAGGUACUGUGGUAAUACUCUCCCUGAUGCUGUGGACACCUCUGACAGUUUUGCUUAUGUCAAGUUUGUCACUGAUGGAUCAGUCAAUGCCCGAGGAUUCAGACUGCGCUUUGAUUCCAGUGCUGAAGAAUGUGGUGGAGAUUUUACUGCCCCUGUUGGAACAUUUACUUCGCCCAACUAUCCCAACCUAUACCCACACAAUCGAGUAUGUGAGUGGAGGAUCACAGUGGAAGAAGGCCGACGUGUCACCCUAACCUUUAAUGAUAUGAAAACUGAGGAGCACUGGAGGUGCUCAUUGGAUUAUGUGGCUGUUUACAAUGGCCUCAGACAGAAUUCCCCCCGGCUGGCCAAGCUAUGUGGUGAGAUAAAUCCAGGCACUCAGGUGAAAUCCUCUGGAAACACAAUGAAAGUGAUUUUGGUGACGGAUAUGUCCGGUACAACCAGAGGCUUCAGUGUCUCAUACACGUCUCGUGAAGAUGCAGUUUGUGGUGGAACCCUUACUGGAUAUGCAGGUGGGAAUUUCUCUUCUCCUGGUUAUGAUGGUGCUAAGAAUUACACAAGCAACCUGAACUGUGAAUGGACCAUUGAAAACCUCUCCCACUACAAUUCAUCCAUAUAUAUCUCCUUUGAGGAUUUCCACUUGGAACAUCACCAGGACUGCCAGUAUGACUACCUAGAGUUACGAAUAGGGGAUGCUGAUGGCGAACUAAUAGCCAAACUCUGUGGCCAGGCCACACCAUCUGUGCCACUAGUAAUAGCUGCUCCCAGGAUCUGGGUACACUUUGUGAGUGAUGAAAACACAGAAGAUAAAGGAUUCUCAGCCCAUUACACGUUUGAAGCCUGUGGUGGUAUACAGUCAGGUGAAAGUGGAGUUAUCUCAAGUCCUAACUACCCAGAGCCUUAUAGCAACCUGAACCGCUGCUCCUGGCUGUUGGAAGCCCCUGAAGGUGAAACCAUCACUCUUACUUUUACAGCCUUCCACCUUGAAAGUCACUCACUCUGUAAGUGGGACUCUCUUACUAUCCUGAAUGGUGGCUCUCCGGGGUCUCCUGUCAUAGGACAGUAUUGUGGAUAUACAUCGCCUGGGACUAUUCAGUCUGGUUCUAGCAAGCUAGUUGUGAUCUUUAACUCUGACCAUUCAGUGCAAGGAGGUGGCUUUUAUGCAACGUGGACAGCAGAACCUCUAGGAUGUGGUGGAAUCAUUCAUUCAGAUAAUGGGGUGAUCAAGUCUCCUCAUUGGCCUCAAAACUUUCCCAUAAACACCAGAUGCACGUGGACCAUCAUUACACAUGAAAGCAAACACUUGGAGAUGAACUUUCACAGUAUCUUCCAGAUCCCAGAUAGCAGUGGAAGCUGCCAGAGCAGUUAUGUGAAGGUGUGGAGAGGAAAUGGUGAUGAAGAAGAGGCUUUGUUAACCACAGGAUGUGGAAGUUCAGCUCCUGACCCUGUUGUUGCUCCAAACAAUGUGAUAACUACAGUAUUUCAGUCUCAGGAUGCUCCUGGGCAAGGUUUCUCUGCAUCUUUCAUAAGCAGAUGUGGAGUGAAUUUCACUGGCCCCGCAGGUCAUAUUGUAUCUCCUAACUACCCUAGUCAGUAUGACAACAACUUGAACUGCAGUUACGUCAUUGAUCAGGGACCACAGUCACUGGUGGUCCUAGAGUUUGAGACUUUCCACUUGGAAGCCCCAGCACUCUUAAGCAGAAUUUGUCUUUAUGAUGGAGUAAGCAUUUUCAGUGGGACCAGAGUUACCCUGCACCCUCUCAUCACACUUUGUGGCACUGAGCUCCCUGCCCCAGUCAGUGUCUUUGGGCCGAUGCUGCUCUACUUCUACACCGACUCCCACAUCGCAGGCUUUGGAUUCCAGGCCAGAUACAGAGCAAUCGUAUGUGGUGGCAUUUUCAAUGGCUCCGUUGGCAUUAUCAGCAGUCCGGCCCAUUCAGUUCUAGAUUAUCACAACAACAUGAACUGCUCAUAUCACCUCACAGUUGGAAAUGACAAAGUCGUGGCCCUCAAAUUCAACAGCUUCCAGCUUGAAGUGUCUCCCUCCUGCUACAAAGAUUAUGUGUCUGUAUACGAUGGCUCAGACACCCAUGCUCCUCUCCUCGGGAAAUUCUGUGGGUCAGAACUGCCUCCAAAUAUCAAGAGCUCCAGCAAUAACUUGUUCCUGGUGUUUAAGACUGACUUCUCUGGAGUAGCUGGGGGAUGGAAAGCAUCUUUCAGGGAGACCUUAGGACCUCAGCAUGGCUGUGGUGGUUACUUGACAAAUUCAGCUUACAGCUUUGGCUCUCCAGUCUCCAACAUGAAUGGAAGAUAUGAGAAAAAUCUGGAAUGUGUAUGGAUCAUAACUGCACCUGAAAACAAAUUGAUCAAUCUCACCUUCACUUCAUUUGCCCUUGAAGCACAGUCUGCUCGAACUUGCCGAUACGAUUAUGUCAAGCUAUAUGAUGGAGAUAACGAAAAUGCCAAUUUAGUUGGCACGUACUGUGGAUCUAUGGUGCCAGCUCCUUUUCUAUCUACCAGUAAUUUCUUGACUGUGAAAUUUAUCACAGAUAAUUCUGUAGAAAGGGAGGGUUUCAAUGCUACCUACACCACAGUGGAUCGACUAUGUGGAGGAACAUAUAAUGCAACUUCCACCUCCCUGACUGCAACGUCACCUAACUUCCCGAAUGAAUAUCCACCAUUUACCCACUGUACGUGGAUCAUUGAUGCCCCUCCACAGCAGCAAGUCAGGUUGGUGGUAGAGGCCUUCCACCUUCACUCCAACCAAGACUGCUCUCAGAAUUACCUAGAGCUCCAAGACUCACCAAUGCACAGCCAAGGAUCAGCCCAUAGAUUCUGUGGCACCGAAACUUUUUCUGUCCCUGAAUUUUAUUCUUAUGACCGCACUGCCAUUGUGACUUUCAAAUCAGAUGAAUAUAUGAUUAACAAUGGAGUUAGAUUUACCUAUCAAGCUACAGGUUGCAGCAGAGAGUAUAACCAGUCAUUUGGUUAUCUGAAGAGCCCUGGCUGGCCUGGUCAUCACCCCAAUAAUAUAGAUUGUUCUAUUGUUCUACGAGCUCCACUGAAUCACACAAUUUCUCUCUUUUUCCAUGCUUUCAGUCUGCAGGACAGCAUCCAAUGUUCACAUGACUUCUUAGAGGUCAGAAAUGGGAGUGAUGUGCAGUCACCGAUACUUGGCAGGUUCUGUGGAAACACUGUGCCCAGUCCCAUCUUCCCUAAAAAUCAUAUUGUCUACCUUCGUUUCAAGAGUGAUACUUCAGUGGCUCAUGAUGGAUAUGAAAUUACCUGGACUUCAUCAUCAAGUGGAUGUGGAGGAACACUGUAUGGCAGUACUGGCUCAUUUGCAAGUCCCAGCUACCCUGCAACGUACCAGAACAAUACUGAUUGUGCGUGGACCAUUAUUGCACCCAAGGGACGAAUUGUCACAGUGAACUUUGAUUUCAUCAGCAUCGAUGACCCAGGCGAUUGCAGUAGCAACUAUCUGAUCCUUUACAAUGGGCCAGAUGCCAGCUAUCUGCCCACCGGGCCAUACUGUGGGAUGGAUACAAACAUUGCACCUUUUACUGCUACAUCUCAUCAAGUCCAUAUAAAAUUCCACGCUGAGUAUGUGACUUUACCAUCAGGAUUCCAGUUAAGUUGGACAAGCUAGAACACCAUUUAUGAGAAGUACAUUCCUGUUCCUUGCUGCACUGAAGAAACUUUAGAUCAUUAAGUAACAGUUUGAAAUCUGAUUAUGAUCAUACAACUAAAGUAAGGCCUUUAAAAAAUUACUGUGAGUACAGUUUUUAUGAAUUUAGAGUUCUGGCAAACAAAUAUGAUUUCCUAUUGUACUGAAAAUAAACUAUUAUCUACUGUGAAACUGUUUCACAGUACAGUGAAACUGUGCUUUUGUUAAUAUUUGAAACAAUGCUUUUCUUAUAUUCUUCUAUAUAAAUUCAAAUGCUUUAUAGGAAUGUGCAAAAAAGUUCUACAUUUAAUAUUAUAAAAAAUUAAUUAGCUAGGAGAAAAACACAAAAUACUCAAUAUGAAGUUGAUAAGAGGAGUUAAGAUACAAAGCUGUCAUUAAUUAGUUCUAGGGAGUUAUGUGGUUUUGUCCCAAGGCAACUUUGAAAGUAUCAGGUAAAUUAAAAUAAAAUCAGAUAUGGUUAAAAAAUUGCCCUGUCCUACAGCCAUUUACAUAGAUAAUUUUUUAAAAGAACUUUCUGUAAUAAUGCAUGUUGUGAAUAAGAAUCUGAGUGAAUAGAGUACUCAAGCAUGGUACUAAAACUUAACUAUAUCUAGAAGCAAUGUCAGAAUCAGAGCUCUUUGUUCACAUCAGUGAUUGUAUUUAUUGAGUUCUAAUAUCUUCAGGCUUCAAAAUCUAUUUUAGAAUUGAAUUUAUAAGAAAAUUAAUGAGACUUUUAGUAAAUAUUUCACCUUCUUAGACAACUUAUGGGCAACUUCCUAGGCAUUUGUAAAACAGAUACAACUUCUGUAUAGGACAGACAUAAAAAUAUUAAUUGACUUUUGUCUACAUCUAGUUUGCUUCUUCCCCAAACUUCCGUGUCCCUCUGACUACAGUGGUUUCUCAUAUCAUGUGUAAAAAAUGUUGUUCAUGGGGUGUGCAGAGGAUGCUGAUUCCUAGCAUGAAACAAUUUUUGUCACAGCCCAGAAAAAAAUGACAGAUUAAUUUCCUGAGUAUUACCUGGAAUGCAGAGGCAAGCAGAAUUUACAUUACAGCAGAGAAACACUGGCAGAUCUGUAAAGGGAAAAUGUAUUUUUCACUUACUACUAUUUUCUAUGGGCCUCAUCAGAAUUCUGACUUCAUAAGUAUUAUGGAAGAGUCACUCAAAACAAAGUUAAUUACUUAAGGUUACUGUUGCAACAAUUGGUUAUAAAUAACAACAUUAAAGUGUUAAUGGCAGUUUUAACAAAAUCGAGGAAUUGUCUGAAGAUUCCCCAGUGCUGAAAAAGGCAUCAUUCCACAAACUUAAAAAAAGUUUAUAGUGUUUGAGAAGCCAUCCUGGUUAUAAGAAAAUGUGGAAAACAAACAAAAAAGGAAGUAGAUGGCAAGAUAUAAAACACAACUCAAAAUGAUCUGGUAUUAAGUAAGAAAGAGAGAAAUCUGUGAACUACCGCUGUCCAACAGAAUUCAGUGUAAGACAGCAUUUUAGAUUCUUCCAAGCACCAAGAAAGAAGUGUAACAUGGAAAAAGGAGAAAUAUCUGUAUUUGGAGCAAACUGGGUGACAUUUACACCCCACUGAGCUGCUGGCAGAAUAGAAAAUGACUAUUUCUAAUACGGGAAGAUAUAAAAGACCAUAUAGUCAAAUUAAACAUUUUCAGAUCAGUGGACCGAGAAAACUUUUGCUCAAGAGCCCAAGCCAGACUGCUUUCAUAUUAACAAUCAAGGAAUGAUACAAUCCUUGUUCAUAAAGUUUAUUCAAAACUCCAUACAGGAGACAGCAAGCAGUAUGGAGAAGCAAGUGAUCUGAACUGCCUAGAUAUAUAGAUACAAAAUAUACUGUACAGCAAAAUGCAAGCCAAUGCAAAGCGCACUUCCCACUGUGCUGUUCAAUACAGAAGAGCUCACCUGUUUGGCUGGAUCCCUGUAAGACACUUGUCUCCCAAUCCCUUUGACUAUGUCUACACUGCUACAUAAAAGAAGGCCAGGGUCCAAGGUCAAGUGCACAAACUGAUUCACAUCCACAUUGCUUAGGGCUUGCUUCACCUAAGAUUUGUUUUGGAGAGAGCUGGUUGGAGCUGCUACUAGCAGAUCCCACUUCUAUUUACCUGCACGGACACAUCCUUUAAUACCAUAUUCUCAAAUUGGCCCAAGUCUUUGAAGAGGCACAUUGGUCAUUUGUGGAUAGACAAGCAAUUUCAUUUGAGAUUUAGGUGCAUGUUCAAGAGUUCCUGUGCCCCAAUGUUAAGGAUUGUCACAUUCAUGCAGUUGGAGAGUCUUAUGUGUCAGAUCAUCCAGAAUCAGCUUUAUCAGUAAAAAUGGUUUACAUAUAAAAUAAUGUGUAUUUAAAAUAGACUAUCAGUAAUAGAAUAAAGUAAAGAACAAAUGCACCGAUGGAGAUUCUUGUUGGCUGCUUCAGCUUCUUAACUAGCUUGCUACUUCCUUCUUCUUAGUUCAAACUGAAAUCUCGCUGUAUUAGCUUAACAUGAAGUUCCUUUUGCUUCUAAGAAGGAGUAGAGUGGCUCUUGCCUCCUAUUUUUAUUUCUCUUGUUGAUGGUGGGAGGGAAGGGGACAGAACAAAAGCUACUACUUUUUGCCUAUAUCAUUCUAAGUCAGAUGAUCAUAAAUUUGCUUACUUUCUGUUUUCCCAUGAAUAGGCAACAGAAUACUGCACAAAAUGUCAGGAGAUACGAUCACACUUUAAGGUCUUUUGAUGAACUUUUCUGCCUUGCAUCUUACUUAGGACAUUCCUGGUUUUAGAGUGAUUUCCUCUUUUGCAGCUUUCUUAAAGUUCACUGGGAAAACCCUAUCAUCUGUCAGAUUUUAAGAAAUAUUAAAUGUAUAGACAUUUUACUAAUUUCAUAACUAGGUUUAAUGUAAUACCCAAACACUACACUACAGAUGGUGAAAUUGAGAAUGGUCUACUUAAUUUAAAUAACAUUUUCUAAGAACCUGGACAUUCCCUUAGUUAGAAAGGAUAAUGCUUCUAACUUAUUGCUGGAUACUAAGGAGAUACGGAGACACCCAUCUCCUGUCCUCUGAACAUUAGUAAGCACUACACUGUCUUAGUAACAUCACUAUGGGGAGUCUUUAAAAUACAAAGGUGUAAUAUUUAUACUCUUAUAACACUUCUACAUUUUUAGAUUGAACACACCCAGCCUCGGCUCCCUAAGUAUUUUCAUAACGGCAUAACAUUCCCACUUUCAUUGUGACUGCCACAUCUCUACCUUGUACAGCAGUCUACACACCUUGUUUAAGCCCAGUUGGCUUCCUGUGGUAGAAUGUUUCUAACAGAAAAGUGUCUUUAGUUGGCCCUUAGCUUAGCCUGGGUUUUUUGUCUUGAGAUUUUGUCUUCUGUCUGUCUGUCUCACUUUACUGCUCUCUGGCUGCUGUGGCCCAUUUCAGGUACAAAGCUAUAACAGAACUGUAUUUGUUAGGCUGACACACAUUUUGUCUAACUGGCUGUAACAGCAAAAUGCUCUCUCUGGGAGCAGUCGGAUAGUCCUGCUGAGUGCAGUCUAGCUGGGUGCAAUCAGCAACGGUGAUUUGGGCAUGUCUUGCAUGUGACUGUCUUGUACCUGCAAGACUUUGUUUCAUUUACCUGAAACAAACAAAGUAAUUAAAAGACACACCUAAGAUAAUGUUCUACAAUGUCUAUCCCUCCAAAUUACAACAAAAAGAGCAAUCAUACUUUAAAAUUAAAAUCAUAUUGAACACUGAUCACACCUUUUGCGGGAGGAAUUAUGCCUUGUUAGAACUGCGUCAUGUCCUUAGGGAUAAUGAGUCCUCCAGGACAGGUUAAACCUUAGCCUUGCCAGGAGUAAAACUGACAAAUAUACUUAACAGAAAUGUGUAGCGGUUUUAAUGAAUGAAGUUCAUUAGUGGCUUUUUGAUUGAGACUGAUAGCAGUGACACAAAGUUUAGUUUACUGAAGAACGAUAUAUUGGCCUACCCUAGACUGGCCUACCUAUGACUUUGUGAAUAGUAUUUAGGUACAAUCUGGUGACCUGUGAUGUACAGGAGGCAAGUUUCGGUAAUUUGACCUUUAGCCUUAAGCUCUAUAGGGAAUCUGCUAGUUUGUUGAAAUCUGUAUUUCAGAAAGGUUGAUUUCACUGAGAGAAAAAUCAUGUUUCACAUUGAAACAGAUUAAAUGUUUUCUGACAGUUUUCUGAUACAGAUAAACUCCUGGUCUGUACUUCAGGACAAUGUAGUUGGUCUUUCUGUAUGGCUUUCUGUGAUAAUGUCCAACAAAUUUUAUAAAAUCAUUGAACUUCUGCAGUAAAAGACUAAAGAACACUAUGAGUAAGAUGAAUGGAAAUGUAUAAUAAUAAAUUUAAAGAAAUCCAACACUAACUAGUGGUUGGUGUACCUUUAAAUGUUACAAAUACUGUGGUAAAUGGUUCAAAUACAAUACAAUACAAAUUUUAAGUGAGUAAAACACAUGAGUUUCUUUAGAAAAAAUGAAAGCCCAGCAGAGAAUUUAUGCUUAGGAAGACUGUUGAAUGAAGCAGCUGGUACAAGGUUCAAUUGAUCUAAUCCAACUGACUCUUUCCAAAAAUAGUCAAAGUCUAAAAUUAGAGUAAAUUAUCAAUCCCAUUUUUUAAAAAAACAGGAACAAAGUAACCCACAGCUGUCCUCUAACAUUUUAUGCGAGGAAUCACAACAGAAAUACCACUGCAGAAUUAUUAAAGGGGACGUCCUUAAAGGAGGGAGCUGUUACUGAGCCAUGUUUCUGUCUUGGAAGGUAAGGUGUGAUUUAAAACACGUUUUGACUUGCUUUUAAAUGACUGUGCAGCAAAAUCAAACAGGAACAAUUAAACAAAUAGACAAUUUAAAAAAUUAUUUCAAGAAACUGCUAUGUGUUAUUCAUAGCAUACAAUACAAUUAAGAAGACAAAAUCUGUUUAAUAAGAUUUAUGAUUUUAUUUUGCAAUACCGCCUUGAAUACUUUUGUUUUUAUGCCUGUGCACAUGACUAUUUUAUAGAUAAUGUGGGAGUUCUGAAUACUGCACAUCUGCAUUAUAUUAUCUGCAUGACUACAAACAUCCCCACUGUAAAUGACAAAGCAAAGACAAUGAAUAUGCAUGUUUUUUCACUUUCCAGGGCCUGCACCUUUUAACUUACGUGCAAAUCUUUUUCUGCAUGUUCCUACAUAUAUAAAUAGAUUUAUUCUUUAUUUAUAUUCUUUAUUUAUUCUUUAUUUAUAUCUAGUUUAUGAGACAGUUACAUACAAAUGGUAAGCACCCCAAAUUUCAAAUAGAAUUUGAAAAACAAGCACUAAAAGGUCUACAACAUUAUUUUUAAAAAGUCUUUCUGUGUGGUAGGGCUAUACUUUAUAGUAAAGUAUAGUAAAUGAGAAGUAGUAGAAGAAUGGGAUUGUUAUGCCUAUAGUUACUCGAACUAAAGGGGGGACAAGAUAUACAGUUAAUUUGCUAAAAAAUGUGCUCUGGUCAAUCCAAAACAUUAGCCAAUGUUAGUUAAAUUUACAAAGCAAUUUUGGCUGAAAAACAGUUAUCAGCAGGUUCGUAAAGCAAAGGAGGGUGUAUCUGAGCUUCCCACAAUUACUUAAGAUAAGUUUCCAGGCACCAGAAUUAAGUAUUUAGUGUAAUUAUUCAUCAGCUGCUAAUCUAAAACCACAGAAUUAUUCUGCAGUCUUGAUUAAAAUGAAGUUUAAUGAAAAUGAAUAGCACUGACUACUCUUCAUAACAACAACAACAACAACAACAACAAUAAAGGAUUACUAACAAAUAAAUAUUUAAAAUGUUUGGUAGCUGAUAAUAAAGUAGAGGACAUAUACUAAUAGAAGUCUGUUUCUAUAAGGCAAGGAUCAGUGAAAUAGAAAAUUGUUUGACAGUUAUCAUAAUUAAUUGCUGUAACUAUGAUGGGUAAAAUUUUAGCAGCAUUGCCAAGAAUUGUACCCCUGGCUUUGUAGGUACCUGUAGCUAUUGUAUCAUUUUGAUCAUAUGUUAACUCUGUAUUUAAGUUGAUUGUUAUGACAGCUUUUCUUGGAGGGAAAAAGGUAAAAAUAGAGUAAUAAUGUAAAAUCGCAUUUCCCUGGUUAGAAGAACUAUAUAGCACAGCCACAGCAAGGGCAGUGUGCAAGACUCUCUUUCCCUUGCUUUUUCCCAGGGCUGUGACCAUCAGUGACUGGAGGAGACUGGGAGGAAAGGAAGAGCAGCGGAAGGCAAAUCUCAGUCCUAGCUGCCUUGGCCUUUCCUCACAGUAGAGACUGGAGCAGGCUGUGAGGAAUGAGUGCUGAGAGUCACUUUUCUCUCCUCUCAACACCAUGUUGGCAGUGGCAGGUCUAUCAUACUAUUCUGAGCAUACAUCAGCCUCACACAUUCAUUGAGUUCAUGGAAAAUCUCACUUCCCUUCCAGGGAGAAAGAUAAGGCUUUAAUUAGAGCUGCAAAUUAGGCAGCAAAAAGGCAUUAUGUUGCAAAUAGAAAUGUAUGACCUGCUAAAGGACACCUCCACCUAGAGCUGUGCUCUCACUAGUGGAUGGAAGUAGAAAGGGGGUGGAGGGCACCUACAGGUCAAAGAACCAUGCACUGUCACUAAGCACAAAGAGAAGCUAAGAAGUGUGAGUGAAGCAGGCACCAAAAUGUUAGAGUUGCUCGGGCGUAGUGACAGAGCAGUGACAAGCUAGGUCUCUGCAAACUUGCAUUCAAUUCCCUAUAUGAUGUCCACCUAUUUUAACCUGGUUUCCUAAGGGCAGAAGGCACAUGUCUGUCUAUGCACAUCUUUCUCUCCAAAGAAUUCAGACAUUUGCUAUGUUAACAUUUAAACCCAGUAUCAAAUUUGGAACAAAUCUGGCAGUCUUAAAAGAUAUUUUCUAGUUGUUUCAUAAACAAAAAAAUAGUAGCUGGAUAGUAAAGAGAGACCUAAAUAAGUGGCAUUCUAGAAAAGGCUUUACCAUGAGCUCAACAGCCAUGUAUUUGGUUAUGUCUCCAGCCAGGCAGUCAGCAGACUUACCAGCCUAUCAGAACACACAGCAUGUAGCUAGGUGGUAAAAAGGGAGCUGAUAGUAUUUGGGGUUAAGGGGUUAAGAGAGAACUGGGGGUACUGGGAAAAGGUGGCAGGGAAUAAAUGAGGAGAGGGAGUGUUAAUGCAGUGUCAUAGGCCCUCUGUAGGAAAUUAGUCUUCACAAGUACUAAUGCUAAUGGAACAAUUGAAAAUUAAGUUUUCAAGAUCAGUGAAUGACCUGACACUUGGACAGUGAGUCAUGCAUACUUACUUUCCUGUUCAUUCUCAUCCAAUUGCUAUUUAGUGCUUCAUGAGGAGCUGAACAGCUUUAAAAGGAAGGACUGACAGGAUUCUCAGGAUUCUCGAAUAUAUGCCUCACUAGUGUAUUGAUUAGUGUGUUUACUCAUAUGAAAGGUUUGCUAAAGCAUUAACCAAAGUAGAAGGUGUGAUUGACAGAUGAACUGUUUACACAAGAAUAUGAUAGUAAGAUUAGGUAGAUGAUAAAAAAAAUGCAGUCCUGUCAAAAGUAAGUAAUAGGAGUAUGUUCAUUAAGCAGGAAGUAAGUGUCUAUGAUAAAAGUAGAAUGUGGACAUCCAAAUCAUGUGCAAUCUAAUAUGAACUUGUUUUGAUCGCUGCAUAAAUAGGGCAAUAGGAAGCCAUGCAAGCUUUGUAUUAGCCCUGGAGACGUGUUUCUGUGGCAGUGUCUUUUCACAGGCACGUGCGCUUUAUCUGCUUUUUGGAAUAAUUAUAGACAAUAAAUCUGGCUAAGCCCUUCCUUGC